AUGAUGUUCUUUCUUCUCUGCAUACGCACCUCAUCAAAGUCCUCACUAUCGCAUCAUUACGAUUCAUCAAACACUAAAGACAACAUAACGACUGGGGAAUUUAUCAAUGAUGGUCCUGAUUACUUAGAAUCUUCUGGGAAGAAGUUUCAAAUGGGCUUCUUUCCGCAUGGAAAAGCAGCAGAAGUAAGAAGAUAUGUGGGGAUAUGGUAUACGAUGGAUCCAAAGACUGUUGUGUGGGUUGCUAACCGUGAUACACCAGUGCUGGAUUCCACUGGAAUUCUUACUGUUGCAGAAGACGGUAGUGCUAAGCUGUUAAAUGAAAAACGAGUUGAAUAUUUCUCUACAGACACUUCAGAUGGAGCUUCUUCAACGGCACUGAAGUUGCUGGAUAACGGAAAUGCCGUAUUAAUAAACGUUGUAACAGGAAGCAUACUAUGGCAGAGCUUUCGAACUCCAACAGAUACUUUUCUUCCUGGAAUGAAGAUGGUCGAUAACUUAAAGUUGACAUCGUGGAAAAGUCCAGAAGACCCAGGAUCUGGAAGCUUCGAGUUCCAGCAAGACCCUGGUACAAACCGAUACUUCAUUUUGGAGGUCCCAACCACAUUUCGUUGGAAAAGUGGGAACAUGUCUACGAAAAGCUUUGAUGAGAAUCAAAUUCUCUCUCAGGCCUUCCAGUUGCUGUCAAACACUACCACAGACACACGAACAAUCAUUAAAAGUGGUGAUCGAUCCUUACUCAAGAGCCCAAAGAUAACUGUAGCGUGUAUAAACGCUGGAUGCAAGAGAAUGUCUGAAAUCUGUCUUCCAGGAACUAAUGACACAUUCCUGACAAAAACUAUGAUUAGUAUGGAUGAUACAACUGUGCCCUUCCAUGAAUCAGAUAAUGAAUCAGAAUGCAUGAAGAUGUGCCUUGAAAAGUGUCAGUGCCUAGCUUAUUCUUAUAUUUCUCAAAAUGAGCUGCGAGGCUUAGUGGAUAAAAGUCGCAAUGUGGAGAGCUCUGGUUGCUGGUUCUGGAACUCUCCACCGGAUAAUCUUAGAGAGAACGGUGCACAUAAUAUCUCCUUUCGUGUUUCUAAGUUAUCAAAAGCACCUAUAAUCAGUCAACCACCCGAGUCGGAGCCAAAGCCAACAGAAAAAUUAUCAUUUGUGAAACGUGUUCUUGCUAUUGUUAUCACUGUUUCAACGCUGUUGCUUUUGUCAUUGUGUGGCAUUAGCUAUAUUUUAUACAAAAGAUUAAUGAAUAGAAGAGAAAACAACGAAUCGCAGUCGAAUGAUAUGCGGAGACGUAUGAAGGAGUUACUCGAUCCAGACCACUCAAAAGAAGAUGACAGAGAAGGCAUUGAUGUGCCAUAUUUUGAGCUGGAAAGCAUAAUAGCUGCUACUGAUGACUUUUCAGAUAAAAAUAUGCUUGGACAAGGUGGUUUUGGGCCUGUUUACAAGGGUAAGCUUCCUGGAGGCGAAGAAAUUGCAGUGAAGAGGUUGUCAAGCCUCUCUGGACAAGGUUUGCAAGAGUUCAAAAAUGAGGUUAUGCUUAUUGCUAAACUUCAGCAUCGGAAUCUUGUUAGACUAUUGGGAUAUUGCAUCAGGGGAGAAGAACAGAUUCUUCUUUAUGAGUACAUGCCAAAUAGAAGCCUAGAUAAAUUUAUAUUUGAUGGAACGUUGUGCGCAUCACUGGACUGGAAAAUGAGAUUUGAAAUCAUUAUGGGAAUUGCUAGAGGACUUAACUAUCUUCACCAUGAUUCUAGGUUAAGGGUUAUUCACAGGGAUUUGAAAACAAGUAACAUUUUGUUAGAUGAGGAUAUGAAUCCAAAAAUUUCAGAUUUUGGCUUGGCCAAGAUAGUUAAAGGUAAAGAUAUGGAAGCUAUGACCAACAGAGUUAUCGGAACCUUUGGCUAUAUGUCUCCAGAGUACGCACUAGAUGGGCUAUUCUCAGUUAAAUCGGAUGUUUUUAGCUUUGGAGUAGUGAUGCUUGAGAUUGUAAGUGGAACAAAAAAUACAGGAUUCUAUCAAUCACAGAGAAGUCUAAGUCUUUUAGGACAUGCAUGGAAUUUAUGGAGAGAAGAUAAGCCAUUUGAGUUGAUGGAUAAAGUACUAAUAGAAUCAUGCAAUUCAAGUGAGGUAUUGAAAUGUAUAAAUAUUGGGCUCCUAUGUGUACAAGGAGACCCUGAUGAUCGUCCUACCAUGACCAAAGUUGUUUUGAUGCUUGGAGGUGAUAUUGUCACACUCCCAACUCCAAAAGAACCAGCCUUCAUUGCAAGAAAGGAGAAUGCUACUUCCUCUUCCUCUAGUUCCUAUAAAACAGAUACGCAAUCCAAAAAUAUGUUGACAAUCACUAAGUUGGAUGGACGCUGAAAGGGUAAUUAAUUUGUCAAUGGCCUGUGUUUUGGUUUAUCGAUUGAUACUCACUUUUCUAGUAUUCUACUGUGAUCCUCAACUGUACAAAGGUGUCUCUUGCAUAAAGCAUGUUGUUAAGUUGUUUUUCCGGGGUUAAAUUUUUUAAGUCAUUCCUUUUCUAUCUAAUGUACUUAAUCACAAUAUGUAUAUAUGCUAAUUAUUAAAGAUAAUUAAAUGCACAAAUUAUGAGCUAUGUGAUUAUGGAAAACUAUCUAUAAUUAAAGGGACAAAGUAU